CGAUAUCUAACACUCCACAAACUCUUCAGUCUUACGAGGCGUACCAUGGCCUAACAGCGCCUUGAUCCGAACUUUACCUAAUUUACUAACCAUGCCUCAUGAUGCUAAUUUCGCGGGCGACCGCCUUCGACUGGCCUCGUUCCUGCGAGUCAUGGAGAAGGGCAUGCCACAGCGUCCCUCACGGUUCAAGCAACGCCUUCAGGGUGUUGAUCAGCCUGAUACAUCUCGCCCAUUUUCUCCUGGCUCUCUCGGUCUUACUAAUACCGUCGAAGAAGCGGCCAUUGCAAAGGGUACUGAAGCCUUUCAGGUUGACGACAAUCAGAUGCUUGUUGUAAAUGGCGAUAUUGUCCACGGCAACCCGCGAUCUCCGGCAUCCAGCAAACCUCGUGGGGUUUCCAGCGCUCGGAAAAGGCACCUUCCUGUACAAGAACUUGCUCUACUGCGAACGACAACUUCAGAUGGCUUGCCUGAGCCGAGCGAUGCAAACACUGUCUUUGCCGCGCCCAUUACAGAUGUUGAUCCCAUAGAAGACAGCCAAGUCAAGACUUCAUUGAUAGUACUUGAGGACAAGGCGAUAUCGAAGCAGAGAACUGACCCGUCGCCUUGUAAGGCUCGGAAGCCCACCGAAGGCCGUUUCACUAGUAUUCGCCCGACAAACAGUCCAACUCGCAUCUAUCAGAGGCUUCCCGUACUUAGCAACAGCAACAGCAAGCAGAAAUCACAACUAUGCUUCGCACGUGCUUCUGAUGGGUUUAUCGGAUCUGAGCGUGGUUUCGUUAUGAAAAAAAGGCCUCGUCCACGCCGAAAGGCUGCCCCAGUAGGGAAGAGACUCGCCCAAGUUGGAGGGCUCACCUUGGCAAGCGGUUUCCUUCCUGUGCCUGCACUGGUAUCCAUGGAGCGCAUUAACUCACCAUGUCUCGAUCAAUCACAUGUUCCAGUUGUGCUCGAGCACUUUCAAGAAAGGGAAAGAUCGGGACAACUCCCCAUGGCAAGGCGCCAAAGCGGUGUGGAAGUUGAAUCAACUACAAAACAGCGCUCACAGCAGUGGGAUAAGACAGUCUACAAUCAACUUUCCAGCAUUACUGCCCCUGUGAGGCGUUUCUCCGAGAGCUCUGAAUCAGUGUCCCCAGCCGAAGAGAACUGUUGGUGCAGCGAAGAUGACAGCGACAUAGACACCAAUAAUGGCGUCAACGGAGCACGAUUUCUACACUUAGGCCGCACUCCCAGUUUCGCAGACGACACAAGUUAUUUCGAGCACGCAAUGCACCAUCUGGGCUUUGCAGAAGGUGUAUAUGAAAAAUCCUGGUCGCAGUACAAUAUGACUGACUGAGGGCUUUACCUGUGUCUUUUCAGGCGACACGCGAAAUGUGACUGUCUCAGUCCGUUUCCGAGGGGUUUGCUUCCUUUCAACCUGAUGU